AUGAAGGCAAAACAUUUGGAACAACAAUCAAUAUCUCAUUUAAAUAUAAUCAAUAAUAAACAUUUGCAUCAUAAUAGUAUCCAAGGCAUGAAUUCAAAUGAACAAAAUAUUAUUCAUCACUUAGAUACUACUACUACAACUACUACAACUACAAUAUUACCAUUAUGUAAUUCACGUAAAUCAUCUAAAUUAUAUUCAUUUAAUGAAAAUAUAAAUAAUUAUGAAUUAAGUCUUAAUGAAGCACAAUUAUUAACAGAAGAAACAUUAAAAAAAUUAAAUCAAAUGAAAUAUAAAAUGAAAUCAUCACAUAGAAUUUAUUGUUGUUGCCAUGGUAACAAUUAUCAUAGAAAAUGUAGAAAUAAUAAAAUAAAUCCAGAAGAAAAUUUAAUACAUUUAACAAAUCGUGAUGAAUUAUUAGAGAAUCCAUAUCUUAUAUUUAAUUAUGUUAAAGCAAAUGAAACAGAAAGACUCACUGAAAUUUUAGCUUACAAUCCAUUAAUAAUAAAUCAAUGUGACUCAAAUCAACGUACUUUACUUCAUUAUGCUGCAAUGAAAGGUUAUUUGGAUUGUGCAAGUGUUUUAGUGGCACAUAAAGCAAAGAUUAAUGAACCAGAUCAAUAUGGUAAUCUUCCAAUACAUUUAGCUGUUAAAGAAGGACAUUUACUUGUAGUACGUUAUCUAUUAAGUAUUAAUGCUGAUUCAACUAAACCAAAUAAAGAUGGCCUAUUACCAAUCCAUAUAGCAUGUGAAAAAAAUUAUUACGGUAUAUUAAAGGCAUUAUUAGAAUUGGAUAAUGUUAAUGUAAAUGCAGAAGGUGAACGAGGAGCAUCACCAUUACAUUAUUGUUGUAUUCAUGAUAGUGUAGAAUGUAUGGAGAUACUUUUGAGCAAAGGGGCUAAUAUAUUCUCAUAUGAUUUAGAGCAUACCUAUCCGGUACAUGUUGCUAUAGCUAAUGUUAGUCGUAAAUGUUUAAAUUUAUUAUUUAAAAUGGAAGCUUAUUUACAACGGAACAAUUUCAAUCGAUCAAUAGAAUCACAUGAAAUGAAAUCAUCAAUCACUAUGGCAACACAACGUACCGAUGUAUUACGUAAUAAUGAUAAUCACAUAGUGAAAUAUGAUUUAGAAAAUCAAAUUCAAUUCAAUCAAUCUGAUAUUAAAAAGAAAUCAAUCGAUUUAAAUCAAUCUGAUUAUCAAAGAAAUCAACAAGAGAAUUGUUUAAUUGAUUUAACUGAUUGUGAAGGUGAAACACCAUUACAUGCAGCAGUUACAUCAGGGAAUUCAGAUAUGGUUAAAUUUUGUUUAGAGCACAAUGCAUUUAUAUUAGCUAAACAAAAUGAUGAUUCAACACCGGUACAUUAUGCAUGUAUGAAAGAUGAUUUAGAAUGUGUUCAAUUAAUGUUUGAAGCAGAUCCAUCAAUUAAAUCAAUCGUUUUACAAAUGCAAGAUAAAAAUGGUUAUACACCAUUACAUUUAGCCGCUGUUUAUAAUCAUGAAAAACUUGUUACAUAUUUAGUUGAACAGGGUUCACCUUUAGAAAUGACUGAAACAAAUGGAUGGACACCAUUAUUAUUAGCUGCUAUGAAAGGAGCUUUUCAAACAUGUAUUCAAUUACUUCGUCUUGGAGCAAAUCCUAAUGCACAUGAUUCUAGUAAUCGUAAUUUAGUUCAUUUAUUGAUGUUAUUUCAAGGUCCAGGAAUCAGGACAGUCCUGCCAGAGGUGAAUGAUGAGGAAUUAUUUAAACGAUUAGUCAAUGAAAAAGAUAAAUAUGGUACAACACCAUUACAUUAUUCAACAAAAAUGGGUAAUUUAGGUGCUACAAUUGCAUUUGUACUACGUGGUGCAUCUGCAUUAGAACGUGAUAAUGAACGUAAUACAUCAUUACAUACAGCUGCAUAUUAUGGUCGUUUACAUACAUGUGAAAAAUUAUUAGCUACAUCACAUGGUAUGAGAGCAAUGAAUUGUCCAGAUGCUAUUGGACGUUUACCACUUCAUGUUGCAGUUGAACAUGGACAUAUAGAAAUUGUGAAAAUGUUUAUUGAUCGAGGUUGUCUAUUUCGAAAAUGCCAUUUAGGUAAUACACCAUUACAUUAUGUUUCAAUUGGUGGUUGUAUAAAAAUAUGCAAAUUAUUAUUACAAUCAAGUCCAUCUUUAUUGAAUCAAACAAAUUUUCAUGGAAUGACCGCAUUACAUUAUGCUGCCAAAGAGAACAAUGCAGAAGUAUUAGAUUAUUUAUUGACAUCAAAAGCAAAAAUUUUACCUGAUAAAGAUGGUAUAUACUUUGUUACUUAUGCUUUACAACGUAGAAAUUAUGAAACAAUGAAAGCUAUUGUUACACAUUCACGUUGGCCAGAACUACAUGGAAUGUUAGACAAUACAUCUCAAUGUCCAGUGGAUGGAUUUAUUCGAAAUAUGCCAUCAAUGUGUAAACUUGUUUUGGAUCAGUGCAUUAAAGAAAUUGGCACGAAAAAUACUCUUGAUCAUGAAAUAUUCUAUGACUUUUCAAUACUUCAACGACCCAUGAAUCCUUGUGAAAAACCACCAAAGGAUCCUAUGAAACGUAUCAAGUUAAUGGUCGAGUUGAAACGUGAAGAGUUAUUAAUUCAUCCACUUUGUAAAGCAUAUUUAGAAAGAAAAUGGCAAACUUAUGGACGUUGGGUUCAAUUAUGUGUAAGUGUUCAUUAUGCUGUUUUAUUAUUCGCAAUUACUUGUUUGGUUUUGGGUCAUAGUCCAAUACGUCAUGUAGAAAAUAUUGACAAAAUAUCAAGUUGUUCUGAACUGUUUUAUGAAACACCAACAAGAAUGUAUAUAUUUUCAACGAUUGCAGCAAUUAUCUUAGUUCUAACAGUAUUAGAUUUAAAUAUUAAAAUAUGGCAAUUAUUAACUCAGAAAUAUGAAUAUUUUAAAGAUUGGAAUAAUUAUUUAGAAUUUUUAUUAAAUUCAUUAGCAAUGACUUAUUCAAUAUUAACAAUAAAGAAUCAUUUAAAUCAUCAUUAUAUUGAAUUAGGUGUAGUUGUAAUGUUUUUAGCAUGGUUUAAUUUUCUAUUACAAAUGAUGAGAUUUAAACAUGUUGGAAUAUUUGUAGUCAUGUUUUUGCAUGUAUUUGCAACUGUUGGAAAGUGUUUAGUUGUAUUCUCUGUGGUGUUUAUUGCAUUCGCACUGUCAUUUCAUGUUUUGUUUCGAGCUCCCAGUUAUUCAGACACAUUAACAUCCUCCUCCUCCUCCUCCUCUUCAUCAAUGAAUCAAUCAAUAAUCAAUAAUUGUUUUCCAAUAAUUCAUAAUAAUGAUUUGAAUAAUAAAACAAAUUUAUCAAUAUCAUUAGAAUUGAAACCAUUUCAAUAUUUAAGUUUAUCAUUAUUUAAAACAUUAAUGAUGAUGUUAGGUGAAUAUGAGCAUACAUCAACUAUUAUAGAACCUUAUAUAGGAAAUCAUUCAUUUCAAUUACAUUAUCCAUUAAUAACAUUUUUUUUCUAUACAACAUUUGUAUUUCUUGUACCAAUUAUAUUAAUGAAUUUAUUAAUUGGUUUAGCUGUUGGUGAUAUUGAAAAUGUUCGAAGAAGUGCUGUACAACAUUUAAUUUCUCAACAAGUUUAUUGGUUAGCUGAUUUAGAACCAAAAUUAACUGGAAUAUUUCGUUCUAAAUUAUAUCAAUCAAAUUGGAUGAAAAAAACUAAAUUAAAUAAAACGACAGGAUUCUUAGAUAAAUCUGGAUUUGAAAUGACAUAUGAAGAAAAUCUAAUACAAAAGUAUCUUAAAGAAGCAGUUAAAAAAAUAACUUCUAUUGACAAAGAAACUAAAUUACAAACCACUAGAAUGGCUGCAAUCAUUGAAAAGUUAGAAAUUCGAUCAAAAGAAUUCAGUAUUGAUGAAGGUGUCUAUCCAAGAGGGGUUUCUGGUUCGGAUCCAAACAUGGAAAUGGAUUAUGCAACAAAUCUCAAUUAA